AACCCCCACCUCCUGUCGGCAUUCCUCCUCCUCAAGGUUAUCCGCAAGAUGCUUACAACCCUAACAAAGAUGCAGCUGCUGCACAAGGGUACCCUCCCCCACAAGGUUACCCACAACAGCAGUACCCUCCCGCCCAAGGGUACCUCCCACCACAGGGCUACCCUCCGCAAGGGUACCCUGCCCAAGGAUACCCCCCGCCACAGUAUGCCCCUCAGUACGCGGUUCCGCCGCCUCCGCCGCGGCAACCCAACAGCUCUGGUUGCUUGGAAGGAUGUUUGGCCGCUCUGUGUUGUUGCUGCCUCUUAGACGCCUGCUUCUGACGAUGAUCGAUCAAUGCAUAAUUGAAAGGGAUCGGAAGAGAUGGAGAGGUAAAAGGCAUGAAUGCACGCAUGGCAACGGAGCAAUUACUCCUAGCUCUUCAAUUUUUUUCUUUAAAAUAAUAGCUAGCUAGGCAU